AUGUCUUCGGCAAUGAUGGUGAUAGUCAUCGUCUAUACGCUCUUUUUUUUUUUAAGCUUGACAUUUGGUCAUGACUUCGAUCAAAGUUUGGGUAGAGUGCUGCCCGCAAACCUGGAAAGUCUUCAGUUUGGCGAUGCAUUUAAUCAGAGUUUGGCACCGAUGACACUGCCCAGUGGCCUCAAAAGGCUGCAGUUGGGCUUGGGCUUCAGCCAAGACUUGGCAGAAGUCACUUGGCCCAGCCUUGAGAAGUUGGGUUUUGGAGAUUUCUUCGAGCCGAGUUUCCAGGGAGUCGUCUUUCCCAAGACGCUGCGGACGCUUCUGCUGGGCUCAACGUUCGUUUCGGAGGUGUCCAAUGAGACCUUUCCAAGCAGCCUUGAGAGUUUGUCCUUUGGAGAGCACUUCGAUGAGAGUUUGCAAGGAGUCACAUGGCCAGAGAACCUUCAAAGCCUGUCGUUGGGGAACACCUUUAAUCAGGCACUGCAUGGGGAGCUGUUGCCCAAGAACUUGCAAAGCCCUACGGGCUUAGGUUGGCGCAUGCAUUGUUUUUGA